AUGGACUCACUUACGACCAUUCAAGAUGACUGCGGCCAUCUUCAUGUAUGCUUGCAUUCGGAUACACUCCCGCCCAUACCUGGAACGACACUUCCUUUUCAAAACCCUGCGGAUGUAUGGCCCGAUGAACCAGAGAUUUACAUCCGGCGUUCAUGGGCGUCGAAUGGAAUGCCUUACCAGGGAUUCCUGCCUACGUGCCCUUCCGAUAUUUACAAGUGCAACUUAUUCAGAUGCUUGAAUUUUACACCUCUGUCGCUACCUAUCUUCUCCCCGUGUCCGGGUUUAUGGGCUUUACACCAAACGCUCGCCGAGGAUUGGAAGAAUUUGGAAGGGCUACUAGAAUGUCUCAGGAAAAUUCUUGAAGGACGUAUUGUUCGUCAACGUAGCGUUGAUCACCAUAGUUUUCCAUUACCAUGGCAAUAUGGUUAUCGUCACGCCAAGUCUAGUAAAUCAGCAGUGAUACUUGCCGCAAAACAUUCGCGUGACGCCUUUCUCCUCAUGGCUGCAGAAAUAUCCUUCCUACUCGCACUUGCUUCCGUUGAUGUUGAUGGUUAUAAAUUCGAUACGUGGUCUGCUCUAUUAGCCGAAGAAGUAGGCCAUCGAUGGGUGGAUUUAGUACGCAAUUCAUGGUUGGUUGAAAAAGACACAGGUUGCUGGGGUGGGUCAGAGUCACGCAGAGUUGGACUCUUUAUUGAUCCUCGAACGUGCAACUUCGUUCAAUUUGUCCGGGCCUACGUUGCAUUUAACGUGCCAGUAUGGUUCGAUUGGGGACCGUCAACUUGCAUAUUUUCCCCGGAAGACCCGGACUUGCUUCGUAGCUUCCCUAUUCAGUUACCGCCGACUCGAAUCUGUCCACGGGUAGCAGCUCCCCUUUAUUCUGCAUCUACGUUUGAUAUUAUUACAGGGAAAUGGCGGAGGAGGAUUACCGGAGAGGUGUUUAAAUUGGAAUGGAAUAACCACGGUGACGAUGUUCAACUACCAUGGAAAACAUCUAUCAUAUCCUCAUCCGAGGAGGAGUCGAAGAACCAAGUUUCAUCAGAACCACGAGCGCCGGAAACUAUUUCUGAUGUGUGUACAUGUCAACGAUUGGGCGAAACGUGGCAAGAGUUUUUCACUCGUCGUGAGCUCGAAGCAGAGCAAUUGAUUCAAUGUGAAUCAGCUCGAGAUAUGCAGAAGCGCAAGGCCAGGGAACAUGAUGCUCAACGUAAAGAUUGCCCAACGUAUGGAGUAAACGUUUUCUUUUGGGGCGCAGUGGAUGGAAAAGAUUAUCUAGUCCGACAGCACAUUCCCCUUCGUAACGUACCUGAUAUCUGGGAAGAUUAUACUCCAUCUCAACGACGCUACUCGUCGCUGUGGAAAGAAUGGGAUUUGAAUCAUGAAUUUGAUGGUACCAUUCUACACGUUACUGAGUGCGCUCAGACUGAUGACCGGGAAGAUGUAUUCGGUUUGACGAUGGACUUAGAACCGGCUUGCGACGAUGGUCUGAUAUCCACUGAUGGGUCUGGUUCAAGUGGUAACGGGAUCUUGAAGAAUCUUCAGGAAUGGGAAGAGGCAUAUACGCAAAAGUAUUCUUUCAUUGUGAAGCAGCUUGAGUCAAAGCGGCGGAAAGGCCCUACUUUGGAACGGGUGCUGCGAUAUCGAUUUGGGUUAACCAUUCUUCCCUCAUCAUCACCGACCUCGCCUUUAACUCUGAUUGAGAAAAAGAAAGAAGGAUUGUGUCAGAAAUGGCUAGGAUCUUGCAGUGCACCACCCGAUAAUCAUAAACAAUUUCAUGCCAUGGAUAGGGAUUUGAUCUGCUUAACAGAAGGAUUUGAAUGGGUAGCUUCAAUAGUCACAGUUGGCACAAACAAAGUCAAAAGGUACUCUGGCCAAUUUCCGGUACAUUGGUGGGACCUCCAACCUCGAUCUCCCCAUUAUUUGGCUUCCUUUCCAUCCUCUCUGAAGGUCACUCCAGUCCAAUCUCAAGACCAGGAGUUUACAGGCUAUCAGCUUGAAAUGAUUUCAUCUUCAGACAAAGUGCCUUAUAUUCUCCUUGUUCAUCGUGCUUCUGAUGUUCUACACUGUCUGAGAUUAUCAAAUAUACUAUCUCUUGACAAUGUGGUUGAAGAGCUGUGCUCUCUUGGUAUUGCCUUCACAAUGGCUCUAGGCACCAAAUCUCCAACAUUGUCUUCAAAUUCUUCACAACAACCACUGCAUAAUCCUGAACCCAUUCUCUACAGACCUAUUGGUUUUAAAACCGACCUCUCUGAUUAUUCCUAUUAUCUUUGGAGAAGAGCUGCUCUGUUUGCUCAUCCAGCUAUCCUUAGAGCUGCUUUGAUGCAAGGAGGGAUUAUCUGGCGCAUUGCUCUUGAUCAUAUCCAGGAUUCCAACUUUGUUUUAUCAGGACCAGAUAACUCAGUUUCUCAAGAUGGGAAAUCUUAUGAAUUGAGGGACAAAAGAACAGGAAAAGUUUACUCCCAGAUUUGGGCAGAAAAACUUCGCUCAGAUCAGCUGGAUGUUAUAUCUGGUGUCUUGUUAGCCACUAACUUGAAUCGACUUAGAUCGAGCUAA